AUGUCUGGUGUUAGCAUCAUCUCUGAUCGGUGCAAUGGCGAACCUGUGAAAGAGCCCACUGAGUGGACCGACAAGGAUGAGGAUUUUUCGACAAUACUACCGCACGACACUGCCCACAUGGACUGCAAACUUCCUGCAAGUAUAGCAGAAGCUGGCAAACGCGACAAGCAUCCAAUUCGUACCUUCGUCUUGAAUCCUUCAUUGAUUUACGGAAUUGGAGCUGGCAUGCAACGCACUACAUUCUGGGCGCGCGACUGGAUCGAAAGGGCCAAGGAGGCAGGCCACUCUGGCACAUUUGGAGAGGGCGCAAAUGCUCUCAGCCACAUCCACAUGCACGACGUGGCUACAGCGUUGCUGGUUGUGCUGAGAGCUGCCUUGACUGGCAAGGCACAAGGUUGGAAAGCCUGUAACUACUUUGUCGGAGUGUCGUGGACAGAACAGAGGGCAUGGGCUAAGGUCGUUGGAGAUUGUCUAUACAGCAAAGGGAUAGUCAACGAGGCUGGAUGCCGCCCCUGGCCAGAGGCAGUUACCGGCCCCAAGGAUAGCACAUAUCGCCGUGCCACUCGUCUGUCUGUUCUCCCACCUCGGCGUAUAGCGAUGGCCUCAACCUUUACUCGAGGAGAACAUCUGUCGCAACCAUACCAGAUAGUCAGCACUCACCCUCCCAGCGCCAGCCAGCUCUCAGCAUCAUCCGAAGACCAUCCACUUGCGUCGCAGCCCCGCAGCCUGAGCUUUCCCCCUGCCCAUAAUGACCACCACGGGCCAAACGAAUUCGAAGACGCCUAUUUCGAACCUGCUCAACAGCCGCACGUCAUCUCACCCGAUGUUAAAGACAUCUCCGCCGUGGGAUACGAUGUCACCUACCUGCCUUGGGAUGAUCAUUGUCCCAAUGGCCUCGACCCAUUCAACCCUACCCUCGACAGCGCAUACGCGCUCGCGCUGUUUGACACCCAAAUCCGUCACGGGUUCCUCGGUCCAAACGAGAUGAACCGCUUUAACCAAGACAUCACAAGGAUCCUUUCGUUUGGCAGCGGCGCCACGUCCGAGUCAGUCAUUUCGGGGACCUCGUUCAGUGGCACUGGAGUGCAUCCUUCAGUUGAACAUCUUACCGACGCCCGUUUCUUCGAGCCUAGUCAGCCAUCCGCUUCUUGCACCGAUCCAUGCGAUGGAGUCUAUUCGCACCAGGAAGCGCCUAUAACCGGGUUCGAGGGUGGCAUUCAGUCAAUGAAUAGUAUUGCGCACAGGAACUAUCCAGCCGAGUUUCUUGCCCCGCCGGCGCCGCUUUCGCAGGCGUGCUUCGAACCUCAGGAUGGCCCUGACUUCCCACUAUUCGAACAUGGAGAUACCGUGGAACCAAGUCCUCAGACGCCCGCCAACAACAGGGAGAUCGAACUAGUGGAGAGACACUAUGAGCCCAACGUCAAUGUCGUGAACAAUCAGAACGGGGAAAGCAUGCUACAACGACUUACGCCACCACAUGCCAAACGUCAAAGCAAGAAGGAUUCACCACCAAAGAAACGCACCGCCACCGCGAGAGGAAAGGGUGCCGUCAUUUGCGCGAAGCAGUCCAUGCGUUCCGCAAUGAAAAAGGCCGUGAUCCACACCGCGAACAAGGAAACGAAAGUUCGAGCUUCGCCAUCGCCUGAAAAGGCUUUUUGCUCUACCAUCCUUCCGCCGACAUACCUGCUACUGCCAGAAAUCCCGGCGCGUCAGCGAGUGAUAGAACAGAACAGAGUCCUUCUGACCAACGCACGGAAAGAGGCCACCAGUAUACUCCGCAGACGUCUAGGGUUCACCGACGACGAGGUACUCGAACCCGAAGCCUUCAAUCAGGGGAAGAGACGGCAAAUGAGAUACGACACUUGCGUUUAUAUUCAGAUCGUGCUCUGCUGCAGCGAUCAUAACCUGUUGUUGAGAGAGGAGAUAUGCGAUGCGAUGAAGAAGAUAUGGUGUUUCAGGGACAGACCCUGCCUUGCGGAUGGCGACUGGAUGGCAAGUGCUGUUUUCAUACCAUCAAGCGGGUGA